GCUUAAGCCGCAUGAUGUCAAAGAGCCUACACUCAUUACGGAUGACAGAGGACUGGAUUUCUGCGCAGCCACUAACAUUGCACCAUUCUAUCAAGCGUAUUGGAACGGUUGGAAAGAGUUUCCGGCAAGCUAUUCCUCGCCAGCUGGUUUUGGCUCACUAUGGAUCCCUUGUGAUCCUUGUUUAGACUAUUGGGAAAUAUCUACGCCUAAGACUGUUUCGACACACUAUCGCGAAGAAUCGAUGCUUAGUCCGUCGGGUGUCUGUCCCUCAUUCGGUCCCUUACGCCAGCGCUGCUUAAAGGUGCUAGAUACUUUCUGGACCAUUGAGACGCGCAGAAAUUUCUGGCAAGAAGGGGAGAUAUGCGAACUUGACAGUCGUUGUAUCAAGCGGUUGGCGAGAGCCUACAGGCUUGCUAAAGAAAUUGAGAGCUCCUCGUUCCUUCCGAAAGUAGUUGAUCGGUGCCCGGAUUACGACUGGACUCGCCUCAGACAUCUCUCAG